AUGUUCAUCAGCGAGCCUCGGCGAUCUUUGGAUAAUGCCUUUGAUCCGGAGGAACUGACUCAUUCUUCGCUUCCGGCGGAUGAUGGGAUGGGAGUUCUAAGAAGCAAGAUCAUUGCAAUCAGGGAAUUGCGGCUCACCAAUGCUGAAAAGGCGCGAAUGGUUCAUGGUCUAAUGACCGAAGGUUACAAUUCGGCUCGUGAGCUUCCAAGCACCACUGGCGUGGUGGUAUUCUCAACUCCAUCGAGCCUACCGAGCUUAGGGCUGCCAACAAACCCACAGACUCUCAGGGCCUCAGAGAUCAAUACUUCUAGACCGAGCUCACCAUACUCCGAAUCAGUUCCUCUAUAUGAAAGGACCUUGACUCUCACACCUGAAGAUUUGCAGCCCACUUUCGUGCCCAAGGCAGAAACAGAAUCACCAGAACUUGAAACUGGGGACGAAGACCGUGACAUAGAAGAACAAGAAGAGACUACUCUAGGAUGUGCGCAUUAUCAGCGCAAUGUGAAACUCGAGUGCUACAGUUGCAAAAAAUGGUAUACCUGCCGCUUUUGCCAUGACGCAGUGGAAAGCCACCCUCUCGUUCGUCGAGACACCGAACACAUGCUUUGUAUGCUAUGUGGGCAUGCACAGCCUGCAGCGCAGAACUGCAGACAGUGCAACGAGCAAACUGCACAGUAUUAUUGCGAGAUUUGCAAGCUCUGGGAUAACGACAGCAAAAAGAGCAUCUAUCAUUGCAACGAUUGUGGUAUCUGUCGAAUUGGGCAGGGACUAGGAAAGGAUUUUUUCCAUUGCCAGGUAAUGGCUCCGACAUGGGUUAGACGAUGCUGA